AAUGGCCACCGGUUUGUGUGGACCCAGAGCUGGUACCCUGUGACUGCGUUGGACUACCUGGACCCCGCCCGCCCGCACCAGGCCACCCUGCUGGGCCACAGCCUUGUGGUGUGGCGUGAUGCCGACGGCCAGUGGCGCUGCUUCCAAGACAGCUGCCCGCACCGCGCCGCCCCGCUAUCAGGCAAGCCGGGGGGGCCGCCAGCCGAGGGCAGGAUCCACCCGGUCACUAAGAACCUGGAGUGUGCCUAUCACGGCUGGCAGUUUGGUGGCAGCGGCGCGGCGCGGGAGAUCCCGCAGAGCGAGCCCGGCGCCCCCAAGGCCACCGCCUGCGCCAGCAAGCGCUCGUGCGCCGCAAGCUUCCCCACCGCGCACGCGCACGGCCUGCUGUGGGUGUGG